AUGGUCAGCAGCAGCACAGAGCACCGCCCCAUCAAGGUAGCAGCCCCCCUUGAACUUCGACGGAACGGUCAGGCAGAGCUUCUUGCCGGUGAUGGGAGCAAUUACAAUAAGCUCUGCCCGUUGCCAGGGCAUGAUGAGGAGGCGACCGUGGCGGCACCCCAGCAAUCGGACCCCUGUGUCACCACGACUGUCAAUGCCGUGGAGUCGCAGGUCGAAGUGCUGAGGAAGGAUGCGGUCGGGAGGGCCGAGGACAGGUUUGAACACGAUACCAUCCGCGCCGUUCUUGAAGAAACCGAGGAAUGGCAGCUUCCGGUGGUGUGCACAGAAGCGGCGGUGGAACCUGGGGUCAGUGACGGUGCAUCGUCACCGCCAGCAGACGGCGGAGGCAUGGGGCAGGGAGGUGGGUUGCAGCGGGAGACGGAGGAGGAUCUCCCACAGGAGAUCAUCAUCCUCAAGCGGCGAGGACAGCGCCUCCGGCGAGCGUCCACGGCCGCGGCGACGACUGCGGCGGGUCACUCCGGCAGCCUCCUCACCCGCGUGGACAUGGGGACGGAGGCGCGUGCUGCGCCGGAGAGCCACUCCGUCGCUCGCGUGAACCUGGGGACGGAGGCAGUGGGCCACUCCGUCGCCGUUGUCACUCAAGUGGAUCUGGGGAUGGGGAUGGAGGCGUGGGCUGCGGCGGCGGGCCACUCCUUGGCCCGCCUCACUCGCGGGGCUAUUUGGAUGGAGGCGCGUGCGCGUGCUACGGCGUCCGGCGUCCUCGGCCGCGCUCAUCUCGCCGGCGGCAAGACCUAG